UCAAGAGUGGCACACGCAUAUAACAGAACGCGUCGGCGUUCCAGUUAAACUCACGCCGUCGUCCCGCAUUCAUAUAGCUCGUACGGCUCCCGAGUGCAGUUCUCAGCUCGGUGUGUCGCGCCAACGACACUUGUAUUAUUUGCCAUUGUGUCCCGUCAGUGUUUCUAUACGUACUCGUAGAAUUUUAAUAAAAAAAAAAAAGCCAUCGGAAGCAUCGAAUCCAUCGGAGCCAUUGAGAGGGGACAAGAGAUUUGCGAAAGCGAAAAUCCGUCGUUCCUUCGCAGCAGCAGCAGCAGCAAGACGAAAGCAAGGCACACGCUCAUCUGAAAAUUAACUCGAGAUUGUCAAACUGGGCGACAGGCGAGGAAGACACAAACGCGUGAGGAUGGCGGACGAGGGUGGUAUUCAACAGAGCUCCCACGUCGAAAAGGAUGUGGUCGAUGGCUACGAUGUCGUCAAUACCAGAUCCAUAAUGUUCAAAGUCGCCGAAGUGGUGCUGGCGGUGUUCGCGGUUGGAUUGAUAGUCGAUCCCUUCAACUCGUUCCACCAGAUCUUCCUUCAUCAGCCGAAACCCAAACUCGACGACAUCGCCCUGAUCUACGUGACGCUGGCUGGUUAUCUCAUCAUCAAUUCCGUCCUGGUGAUCGGGCAUCUGCUUGGCGACCGCAUGCCAAAACGAACGUCUCUGCUGUUCACGGGCGUCGGCACGAUCCUUCACCUCGUCGCAGGCAGCCUCAUGGUGCACAAUUGGCGCAAACUCCACAGCAAUUACGCCUACGUGUACAACGACAACACGUACGCGAGCAAGCAGUACGCCGACAUGCUCAUCGCCGGCUCGUUUUUCACCUUCGUCGACGCCCUGGUCUUCGGCGUUGAUGUCUUUUACACCAUCAGAUACUGCUAAGAGCCAUCCUGACCAAGCCAGCAGCCAAGCCCAAGAUCCGAAGAGAGUGCCAUGUCUCGUAAUAUAGAUUUGCACUCCUUUAAGCGUGUAUAUUGGUCUGUUUUCACAUCGCCAUUCAUACACUCCACCGUGUCGUUUAACGAAAAGUAUCUUUCUUAGACAAUAGUUUUUCUAUAGCCAUUAUUUGUUUUUAUUUUUGAUUUAUUUUAUACACCGAGUGUUUUUUCAUUUAUGGGCAACAAAUCAGGCCCGAGCAGCGUUCAUUUUGCUCCACAAUUAAUCCGUCCACAAAAAAGUGCAAUUAUAAUAUUUGAAUGCGUGAAUUUGUUCUCUUUUCUUCGCUCAUUGCUGUGUGGAAAAAUACAUAAGUAAAGUCCACUUUGAUAGAUAUAUAUAUUUAUGAUUUAUAUAUACUUGUAAUAACAGUAUGCUAAUAUCCCAAAGCAAAAAACAAGUAAUAUAAUGUAAACUCUCGAGAGGAAAAAUCUUCAUUUCUUUCCGUUUUUCUACUAAAAAAAAACAUAAAUUGUACAAAUUCGUCGAGUACAAUGCACCAUUUUUGCAUUUCAUUUCGGAAAGCAUUACUAAAAGCUAUCAAUAUAAAUUUAAACUUUUCUGUUAAAAAUAGUUACCACAAAAUACGAAAUGACGCUAAAAACGGCGCUUUAAUUGUGCCGAGAAAACUAUCCGUCCUAUAAAAAAAAAAUACGUAAUUUAUCAUGAUAGAUGUAUAGAAUUUCUCAGAAAAAACUCUAUCGUUAUCAAACCAUUCCGUCCAUUAUUGACUAAUUAACUAUAGAGUAUAAGUUGUUAAAGCAUAAUCAAUCGCUUUUUAGGAAUCGUCUUGCAAAUAAGCAAAAAUUAAAUUGUUGUCUUUGUCUUGACUGCGUAUAUUUAGUCAACUAUUUUGAGUGAUGAUUAUGAAAUUUUCACAACAAUCAGAAUAUAUUCAUAUAACUACUUGGUUACAAAAGAGACAUAUCUCAAGAUAAGUUUAAUUUGAAAUAGAACAUUAUAUUCACCGUAAUUAAUGAGCACCCACAGAGUUUUCUUAAUUGUGAUCAAAUACAUCCGUAGAGGUGCAAACUUACUCAAAAAAUUAAUCAAACAAUACGCUACGGACUUUACAUGUGUAAUAUCUAGAUAUAUUGAGUCCAUUUGUGCCUCGCAAAGAUCGUACUAACCAACGACAAAUAUUAACGAAUAUUUUUUUCUUGUUUAGAACAAAUGAUAGACGAGGAUUAUUUUAAUUUAAUGUAAGACAAACAAUAUAUAUUAUAUAUUUAUACAGAGUUUUUAGUAGGCAUAUUUCCCUUGUUUCGCAAAUAGUAUAUAUUUAUUAAAAAUAAUAGAUGAUUUAAUAAACGUAAAAUUGAAACAAA